UUUACAUUUCGCUUUCUGGUGGAAUAUAAACACUAAUGCCGCUACGAUGUUGCACCGGAACACAAGCGACACCGUUUCAGACUAGAUUUAGAGCGAACACAUAAAAAAGGAGCUAGAUAUUUUCCAGGAAUUGUCUGUUUUCCCCGUUCGAUACAGGCCUAGCUGUAGCAAGCUAGCGGCCGUCCGCUGUGACUGUCGAAGCGGGCAAACCUCCUCAAGACCCGCGCUUCGCUAUUGAUAGCAUGGAUCCGGACAGUGGGGCAGACACUCAGCGAACUCUCAGUCUGCAAUGGAAAAGCUAUAAGCUAGUACAAGACCCUGGUCUCCGCAGGGUUACUCAGAAAAUCUACAGAUAUGAUGGGAUUCAUUUUAGUGUGCCGGACUCAGGAUUUCCACCUGUAGGAGACUUGCGGGAUCCAAGACCCCGCAGAAUCUGGUCUAGACAUACAGAGUUGUCGCUGCCAGUGCCCAAAUUUAAGUUGGAUGAGUAUUAUGUAGGCCCUGUUCCGCUUAAGGAAGUAACAUUUGCAAGGCUAAAUGAUAACAUCAAGGAACCAUUCCUGGCAGAGAUGUGUGCUAAGUUUGGUGAGGUUGAAGAAAUGGAGAUUCUGUUCCAUCCCAAGACCCGAAAGCACUUGGGCCUGGCACGGGUCCUAUUCACCAGCACUAGAGGUGCCAAAGAUACAGUCAAACACCUGCACAAUACUUCUGUCAUGGGCAACAUUGUCCAUGUACAGCUGGAUAUCAAAGGCCAACAGAGAAUGAAAUACUAUAACCUGAUAGUGGGUGGCUCAUACACCCCUCAGACCGUGCCGACUGGUGGGAGGGCUCUCACAGAGAAAUUUCAGCCCCCAGCUCCGACUCAGCCAGACACGUCAUCUGAUAUCCGGCGGAGGCUCUCCACAGACCAGAUAGCUGUGCCUGCUGCUGCCCCUCUAAUCUCGGGCAGUACCACCCCUUGUUCUGUGGACACUGGAUUUGGAGACCAGCGCCUAGACACCCCACCAUCUUCAUUGGGGGGCCCCUAUACCCCUGGCUCCUCUGCUUCUUCACAGGGCGGGGGAACUCCUUACACCCCUCGCUCUGGGACCCCUUUCUCCCAGGACUCAGGCUACUCUGUGGGCAGGCAUGGUGGAUAUAGCGGCGCUUCACUCAGUAGUAAUUAUCCUGCAGUGGAUAUGCUUCCAUCUUCCUCCUGCUCUUCCUCAGCUGUGUCUUCAUCAUCAGGAUUCAAGCCACCUCGCUAUGAUGAACUACACGCUCCACCUCCGCAAGAACCCUCCAUGUUCCAGAGGGGUCGACUGGGAUAUCCCCCAUCUGCACCUUUCCGACCUAACGAACCUCCCUAUCCUAAUGUAGGAGGGUCAGGGAUACCGAUGCCGUUACAUUCACCCAUGCCACCUCCUCCAGGACCUCAGUAUGAGCCUCCUUUGUCUGACAGAGAGAGGGACAGAGAAAGGGGACACAGAGACAGGGAUCGUGACAGAGACUCAGCAGGGCGCUACGGGUUAAGCUCUCGUCGUUCCUCUUACCAUUACCAACAGGAUACAAACUCUUCCUCCUCCCCUUCCAAAUCCUACCAUUCGCACCACUCGCACCAUACUGAACGCCGGGAGGAUAGGGAUGGCAGGGGGUAUCGGAGGGACAGUUCAGGGUCUCGCUCAGGAGACCACGGAAGGCAUCGGAACCACCAUCACAACCACCACAGCAGCGGAGGAGGUGGGUCAAACAGGCGGAGGAGUAGCAGAGACCGAGACUGGGAUAGAGACAGAGAAGGGGACUUCUCCAACAUCUCUGACCCGCGUUAUGGAGGACACUCAAACUCCAGCCACCACUCAUCCAACAGUCUCUCUCCUCCACCUGCCACCACCUCGUAUGGAGGAUUAUUGUCAUCUAAAGACCUGUCCCCUUAUGAAACACCCUCCUCCUCUCGGCUGGAGCCCUCACCAGCCUUCCGUCCUCAGCAGGGUGCAGGAGAGAGGGGCUUUGGUUUGGGAGGGAGUAUGGACAAUGACUACCGUACUCACUCUCACCACACUCCCUUGGCUCCUCCCCCUCCCCCACUCCCUCCAGCCUCUGUCAUUGCAGCCGCUGUUGCCGAAACACUUAGCUCUCUGGAUUUUGGCCAGGAGAGCCCUGUCCGAGAAGAACAGUGGACCAAACUUAAAAGGCAUCCCAGUACCCCACCCCUUCCCCCUUGCACACCGCCAACCUCCUCGCCUCCCCAUGCCUCUAUACCAUCAUCCUCUACAUCUCCUUCCUCUACCUCUCUGCCUCACCAACUCCCCUCUUCUACAGCAUCCCUCUCGUCACCUCCUCCACAACGUGACUCCUCCCCAGAGCCAGACUCCACCAAUGAGAGCCUGCCGUUUAUGCACCACAGCAGCAGCUUGGACUCUCGUAUUGAGAUGUUGCUAAAGGAACAAAAGUCCAAGUUUUCCUUCCUCGCAUCAGAUGAUGAGGAAGAUGAAAAGGAGGAAAAAGAGAGGGGAAAAAUUGACAAGAAUACAGAAGGAAGGGAGAACAGACUGAGAGGAGAGGCUGGAGAAAGGUCUAGACACAAAAGACAAGGAGAGACAGACUGUGGGCAACAGAGAAGGAGGGGAGAGCGAGAGAAAGAUGGGCGCCGCAGCAGAGGGAACAGGCAAGGUGGUAGAGGUGGGGAAGGCAGGAAAACCCCUCCAGAGGUUGCCUCAUCCACUCCUGGCACCCAUGGUUUAGUUUCAGACUCUCUACAGGGCCAGAUUCCUCCCUCUCAGGAUGAGCAUACAGUCUCUGACCCACACAAGGUUGCACAUACCCCUCCCACCUACAAUGGGGAGAGACAGCCAUCUCCACACUCCUCUGGGGAAGAUAUGGAAAUUUCAGACGAAGAUGACAACACCAUCACUACAGCAAUGGCCCAUCACGCUGCCUCAUCCUCUUCACCAGCAACCUCCACACAAUCUGCCCUCCCUUCCCAAAUCCCAGAUCCCUCUGCUAGCCCUCCCCCUGAUAGUAACCAGCACUUCAGCACCACCAUACCACCUCCACCCAUUCCGUCGUACCCUCCCCACCUUCCUCCUCCACCUCUUCCUGGCUUCUCUCUGCAGCCCCCUCCACCCCCUGGCAUACCCCCUCCACUUCCUCACAUGGAGCUGCACCCCGAGUACCCUCCUCCGCUGCCACACCAUAUGUAUGACUACGCCAGCUCUGUGGAGCUCAUGAGCCAGUACUGUGGCGGAGCGCCCAUGUCAUUCCAAAUGCAGACGCACAUGCUUAGUCGCCUCUACCAGAUGCGAAUAGCUUCUGCAAAUAGCACUACUGCACCUUCUGGAGAAGUCCCACCCACCUCUGAAUAUCCUCCUUCAUAUCACCUCCAUUCUAUAUCCCCCCUUAAUCACCCACAUCACCCAUACUUGGACCAAGAUGGAACUGUGUCGACUCACUUUGACCAGGACCAUCGCUACAUCCCUCCUCACUUAACUUACCCCUACCCAGACCCUCAUGCUGCACAUCUUCCUCCCCCACACCAUCAUGCCAUCCCACCCCCUCAGAGCCCCUGGCCGCACCACUUACAACCCCAGCAGUACCCCUCCCACUACCCUCCACCUGGCUUUGGCACGGUGCCUGCCAUGGAUGGAGAGCUGUAUGGUGCAGCAGGUGACCAGAUGGCCAUGAUGGGGCACAACCCCUAUGAGGCUGUAGUGCAGCAGGUACUGGCAGCUUUGAUUGAGGAAAUGAAGAACAUCAUGCAGAGGGACCUGAAUCGCAAGAUUGUGGAGAAUGUUGCCUUUGGCACCUUUGACGAAUGGUGGGACCGCAAGGAACAGAAAGCUAAGCCAUUCCAGACAUCCAUGCGGAGUGUGUCUGUAGUUCGUGAGGAGGAAAAGAAAGACGAGAAGAUGAGCAACCGGCCUCGGGAGCCCCUCAUGUCUCUUGUAGACUGGGCCAAGAGUGGAGGCAUGGAGGGUUUCUCGUUGCGUGGGGCAUUGCGUUUGCCUUCUUUUAAGGUGAAGAGGAAGGAGCCUCAGGAGCUUGUAGAUGGUGAUGAUCUGAAAAGAGCCAGGCCUUCCACUCCACCUGACGAGGAAGAUGAGGACUCUUAUCAGGGUAAAUCUGCAGACAGUGCUUCAGGAAGAACAGAGGAAAGGCGUACAGCAGACAGACAAGCAGCCCGCAGAAGGAACCGAGCCAAACCACGCAAACCGUAUGACCUGGACAGCGAGGGAGAAGAAACAUCAGAUGGCUCCUCCUCUGAAAAGGAGGAUGAAGAUGACAGUGACAAAGUGGAGUCAGAAGAUGAAGCCCUGAGUGCAGACAGUGAUGAUGAGAGCAUUUCUUCAUCCUCUUCUGAGAGCUCAUCAUCAUCCUCAUUGUCCUCUUCCUCUGAGGAUGAUGAUGAAGGUGAGCAGGGUGCAGAGAGUGCGUCAUUGGACACAAUGGACGAGUCUACAAUGGAUAGUGUGGCUAUGGACGCAGACAAAGAUGAAAGGGACAAAGCAAGCCUGGACCAAUCAUCAGUGACUACUACAGAGGUCAAAGCAGAAGAAGAGAGUACUGCUGCAGUUGUGACUCCAUCUUCUCCAUACCCUCGUCCUUCCUCUCCUAUUCUUCUCCUCCCCCCUCUCAAGAAACGCCGCAAGACUGUUUCUUUUUCAAUGGAAGAAAAUGAGGUCAAGCCAUCCAUUCUGCCAUCUACUGCUUCCUCUCCAUCUCCCACUCCUGCCUCACAGGCUCCAGACCAUCCCAUUUCAGCUUCUCCUGGAAGCACACCCACAGCAGCUGCUCCACAUGUAGCCUCCAAGCCCCUCCCUAUGCUCCUUCCGUUUGCUUCUCGUCCCAGUGAGGGUAAUGCCCUUGCCUCCCCUGCUUCCCCUUCCACUGUUCUUACUGUCCCUCCACCUGUGCGUUCCCUGCACCCCGAUGAGCCCAAAAAGACUGCUGCUGCCCCUCCAGCUCCACAAACUUCAUCUCCCAAAAACUCUUCCAAACGUGGGGUGGGCAAAGACUGGUCCAGAACACCUGCUGCACCUGUCUGUCUCACAGUCCAGAACCUCCCACUAGACCACUCCUCAUUGGUCAAAAUGGCCUACGAGGACCCCAUCCCUGUUUUGUUCAUGCAAAAAGGUCGCCAACGUGGCCGACCUCGGACACUCAGCCAGUCCUCCCUCCUGCAACCUGCUCUGCGGGAAGAGGACGAAGAUGAUGAUGAUGAUAAUGAUGAAGAGUUGGAGCAGCGGCUGAAACUCAGGGAGCAGCUGGGAGUGUCCAGCCUGCUGCAGCUGGCCUCUGCGUCUAAGCCUGACUUAUCUGUGCUGGCUGACAUAGCAUUGAAGAUGGACCCAGAAAUAGACAUUGACUCUGAAGAGACAGAGACCUCAGAUGAGGCAGAGGAGCACAAGCUAGAGGAAGAGGGAGACUUCUCCCCUCACCCGUGCCAACCACUCCUGGAUCCAGAGGGUCUAUUCGUUCUGCAGGAACACAACUACUCUAAAACUCCUGCUCCUCCACUCCUCACCUCUCCUCAAAAGAGAACGAAACAGGACCCUACCGUCCUGCUCCCUGCAGACCUCAACCAACAUGGUGUUCAGGAAGCACCAGAAGAGGUUAUUGAAGAAGCUCAUGCAAACAGGGGAGAGCAUGCAGACGUGUACAAAGAUCUUUCUCUACUGUGCAAAUCCGAGGUUGUGACUGAGACACAGACCAAGACCCUCGGCCCUACACACAAGAGGAAAGGAUCAGUUAGGGGGGUGGAGAUGGAAGAGCGGGGGAAAGGGAAGAGCAAAAAGAGGAGUAGGAAGGACAAAGAGAACGAGGAACUGCAGACCAAGAAACAGAGGGAGAAACAGAUCAGGAAACGGAAGUUAGAGGAGUUUGAGGAAGAUGUGGAUGUAGAGCAACUAGAGUCUGGUGAGCUCUCCAGCUCUGACUCUGGAGACUCUGAGUUUGGUCUGGACAGAUCUAUGGACUUUGAGAAGGAAGAGGUUAGAAAGAGUGAGCGUCUUUUUCUUCAGGAGGCUGGCGUUACUCCCUCAACCCAGCGGCAGCCCAAACAUGCCACCGCACACACACCAGUUCCGGCACUAUGUCAUACAUACAAGAACCGCAGCGAGUUUGAGCAGAUGACCAUCUUGUAUGACAUUUGGAACACUGGCCUGGACCAGGAAGAUAUGAGGCUCCUCAUGUGCACGUACGAGAAACUGCUGCAAGAUGACCGUGGAACUGACUGGCUCAAUGACACACACUGGGUCCCUCAUACCAUUACCAACAUCCCUAAUCCUCGGCGGAAGAAGAAGGCAGCGUCUGGGCAGCUAAGAGAGCAUGUUACAGGCUGUGCUCGCAGUGAGGGCUACUAUGCUAUCAGCCGCAAAGAGAAAGAUGUCUACCUCGAACUAGACCAACCAGUGACUGUGCAGGAAGUUGGGGACUAUGACACUGCAGGCUCCAAUCGUCUGUUGUCUGAACGGCGCUCAGAACAGCGGCGUCUCCUCAGUGCUAUCGGCACUUCAGCAGUGAUGGACUCUGACCUCUUGAAACUAAACCAGCUGAAGUUCCGUAAGAAGAAGUUGAGGUUUGGCCGCAGUCGUAUCCAUGAAUGGGGUUUAUUUGCUAUGGAACCCAUCGCUGCAGAUGAGAUGGUCAUUGAAUAUGUGGGACAGAAUAUCAGACAGAUGGUGGCUGAUAAUCGGGAGAAGCGCUACGCUCAAGAAGGCAUUGGAAGCAGCUACCUAUUCCGUGUCGACCAUGACACCAUCAUUGAUGCCACAAAGUGUGGCAACUUGGCUCGAUUUAUUAACCAUUGCUGCACUCCCAACUGCUAUGCCAAAGUGAUCACCAUCGAGUCCCAGAAGAAAAUAGUCAUAUACUCCAAGCAGCCUAUUGGUGUGAAUGAGGAGAUCACAUAUGAUUACAAGUUUCCCAUUGAAGAGAACAAAAUCCCUUGUCUGUGUGGGACCGAGAACUGCAGAGGAACCCUCAACUAAAGAAAAGUGUCUUAGUCUUUUCCUGAUAAACGACUUGCCAAUCAACUUUGUCGGCCCACAAGCUACUUUGCUCAGAACGCACAGAUAUAGGUAGUGUAAUGAUCAAACUCCUUAAAAAACAUUUUAAAAAAUUACAAAAAAUAAAACUUCUUUAACAUGCAGACACACACACUGUCUAGCUGAUAAGAGACCCACCCAGUCUCCCAUGAUGAGUCCUUGGAUUGGAUGUUCUGUAAACACAGCCCAGGAGUCACUGAGAUGUCAGCACUGCCACAUCAUCUUGAGUUACACCUCUAAAAUAGUGUCGUCUUCACCUUUAAAGUAGUGUUUUCUGUUCCAGACCAGGCCCUUAUCUUAUUUAUUUCUUCCUCAUGCAGCUGUUUGGUGAUGACGUUUUGUGAAGGUCUGUUUCUAAGUACAGCUGAUAAGCUGUUUAAGUACUUUUACACACAAAUAUUCCGCUCACGUAUGCAUAACAUUUGACAGUGGCAAACACCCUUAAAGUGCUAUUUCUUUUUUUUUUUUCUUCUUCUUUCUUUUUUUUAAAGGCUUUUUCAAAGGCAGCUUUUAAAGACCUAAAGACAUGGAUUCAAGACUUUUGUAAUACAGCACCCCAGUUGCGAGAGAGAGAGAGAGAGUAAUGAUUUUGGUUAUUGUAUUAUCUUUAUUAUCCCUGUUCUUCUCACUUUUCCAGUGAAUUUAGGGCAUUCAUGUAAGUCAGAGUGGCCUGCUUAGCAACACAAUUUUGCUGUAAUCUCUUCAGAUGAACUGUGUAGAAUCACAACGGCCGAUAUUUAAUUAAUAUGGAGCAGUUUUGGCACACUUGCUUUUUUGAAAAUAUCUGAAUGAUCUUAAUUUAAGAUGUCCCUCUACCCAGCUUGACUAAUUUAAUUGCUAGUAUUCUGUAACAAUAAAACUUUAUAGUAUUUACAAUUUGUUACAUUGUAAAUGGCUAUUUUAAGCUAUUUUCUUAUAUAGUCACGUUGACUAUCAUUUUAAUACCUUACAUGAAUGAUAGCCAUUUUUCCUUAAUUCAUCCAUAGUUUUUAGCAAUAUAAAGAGGAUAAGUUGGUAUUUUAGCAAGAGAAUAUAAAAAUAAUGGAAUUUGUUGUUUUCCUUUUAUAUUUUUUGGACUAUUGAAGUUGAGACUUGUCUUUUAGAGAAUAUUAGAAAUGUGGAAAAGUAGGGUAUAUUUUUAGAAAUUUUGCACUCUACUUUGGAGUUAGUUACACCCAGCUCCUCUCUCUGGUGAAUAGACAUGUAAAAUGUAUUCCCUCUCAAGCCUGUAAUUUCUAAAAGAAAAGUGAAACAGCCAGGUUUAGUGUUUUGCAAAUAUCACAGCAUUAAGUUCAUAUUCCAACACAUUAUGGAUUUCCCCAUGUCUCCCAAGAGAUGAAGCAUGUGUGAAGAUUGACUAGAAUGUGUGAUGUCUGUUUAUCUGUCCUCUCGUAUUAUUGGUUGUCUCUCCAUCACUCUUCUCUGCCAGUAAACAACAGUUAAAGGAAAAGUUCACCCAAAAAUUAAGAUUCUCAUAAUUUACUCACUCUCUUGCUAUCCCAGAAGUGUACAACUUCCUUUCUUCUGCAGAACACAAACAAAACAUUUUAGCAGAAUAUUUCAGCUCUGUAGGUCCGCACAAUGCAAGUGAAUGGUGGCCAGGCCAUUUAAAGCUCCAAACAUUCUUACAACUCCAGAAGAUUUAUCAAAGCCUUCUAAAGUGAUCCAGUUGGUUUUAGGUGAGAACAGACCAAAAUGGAAAUUCCUUUUCACUGUAAAUAUUGCCAUUGCAGUCUCUAGGCACAAUCAUGAUUUCAAGCUUGAUUACACUUCCUAGUGCUUGAAGUGUUUGUAGAGCACUAGAUAGUGCUAUAGGAAGAGUAAUCAAGCUUGAAAUCAUAAUUGUCAGGGAGACUGCUGAUGUCAAGCUCUGUAGUGAAAAAGAUUUUGGUCUAUUCUCACCCAAGACCGAUUGGAUCAUUCAGAUGAUGUUGAUUAACCCAUUGCAGUUGUAUGGAUUAUUUUUAUGCUGCCUUUAUGUGCUUUUGGACCUUCAAUGUCACCAUUCACUUACACUGAAUGGACCUACAGAGCUGAAAUAUUCUUCUAAAUACUUUGUGUUCAGCAGAAGAAAUGUAUACACAUCUGGAAAACACGAGGUAGAGUAAAUGAGAAUUUUAAUUUUUUGGUGAACUAUCCCUUUUCUAAUUUGUUAGAGGGCCUUGCCAGCAUUUUGUUCCAUUGAGGUAAAAACCUGUAAAAUAUGUAGAUUUAUUGCGAUCUUUCAGUAAAAACUGAUCCACAGAAGCAUAACCAUAAAAAAUUAAAACGACAAAAAAGUUAAAAGUAUAACAUGUAAAUAUUGUUGAGGUGUUUGUUUCUCGUAGAAACACACUGUUCUAGUCUGUAAAUAUGUUCAUCCUUUUCCUACUUCCCAUUGCAAGAAUAUAAUUGUACAUAACUAUCAUUCAGUUAUCUUGUUUGUUUGUUUUUUCCUUUGAUCAAAAGUUUUAAUAUUAUUUGCAAUAUUUCUCUUGUAUUAAUGCGUUGGACCCUUUAUUAAU